AUGGGCCUGCUGAGCUGGCUGAGGCAGGACACCCGGCUGAAGAACAUGGUUCUGCUUGUUGUUUUCAUCGCCUUGUUUCUGGACCACAUGCUGCUCUCCGUGGUCGUGUCGAUUCUUCCCAGUUACCUGUACGAAGCCCAGAUCCUCUCUUCAGGGAACGGCACGGACUCACCACUCAUCGUCCAGCCUGUGGGAAACAGAUCUGUCGUUUAUACCCCUCCACACCAGAACCCAGCUCUCUCCGGUGACUCCAUCCCGGCCCAAAACUCCCAUGAUUCAAACUGCUCUGAAACCGGGGAUCAGCUGGACACAGUGAACAUCAAAGUGGGACUGCUGCUGGCAUCAAAGUCCACCGUACAGCUCGUCAUGAAUCCAUUUGUUGGACCGCUCACCGACAGGAUCGGAUACCACCUCCUGAUGUGUGCUGGCUUCUGCAUCACCAUCUUGGCGACUAUCUUGUUUGCGUUUUCAUCGAGCUUCAGCUUAAUGCUGUUGGCCAGAGGGUUGCAGGGUGUGGGCGGGUCCUGCUUGUCUGUUGCAGGAAUGGCGAUGUUAGCCGACACGUACAAAGAUGAGAAGGCGAGAGGGCGUGCCAUGGGAAUAGCUUUCUCUGGUUUGGCUUUAGGGUUGAUAGCGGGUGCACCUUUCGGCAGCUUGAUGUAUCAGUUUGUGGGGAAGAUGAGUCCAUUCCUGGUCCUGGCAGUCAUCGCGGUUUUGGGUGGAGGUUUACAUUCACUGAUCUUUCAACCAUCACAGGUGCAAACAGAGAUGGAAAAAGGGACUCCUCUGCUGACCCUCCUGAGGGAUCCAUACAUACUUAUAGCAGCUGGAGCGAUCUGUUUCUCCACGUUGGUCAUCGCAGUGAUAGAGGCAGCCCUCCCUAUCUGGAUGAUAAAGACCAUGUGUGCGAGCAAAUGGCAGCUAGGCAUCGUCUUCCUGCCAGACAGCAUAUCAUACCUCAUAGCAUCAAAUAUCUUUGGUCACCUGUCACAGAAACACAACAAAAGCUGGCUAUGUGCUUCCAUUGGAAUGAUCACGGCAGGAAUAACAACAAUUUCUUUCAGAUUUUCCAAGAACAUCUAUCACUUGCUUGUUCUGAAUGCAUUUAUUGGCUUUUCAAUUGGCACAGUGGACUCGACGAUCAUGCCCCUCAUGGGUAGAUUGGUUGACAUUAGACAUCGGCCAGUUUAUGGCUCUGUUUAUGCCAUUGCUGAUGUCGCAAUAUGCAUUGGAUUCUGUGUUGGUCCAGCUAUUUCAGGUCCCAUAGUGACAUCGAUUGGCUUCCCCUGGCUCAUGGCAAUAGUUGGAGCCGUAACUAUCAUGUUCGCUCCACUUUGCAUCUUUCUGGUGAAUCCACCUCGGCAGGAGGAGUCAAUAUCGAAAGGAACUUAA